AUGGCCCGGUUUCGGGUUUUGUUUGGACUUUUCAGUCUUGUCACCCAUAUGGCGCUUGCGUUAAUGGUUACACCGGAUUCACCAUGCAUGUCCUUGUGUAGUGAUGGUCAGAACUCGGACAAUAUCGAUGGAAGUGAAAUCGUUUGCCAAAACAGUGACUUCAUUACCACUACAGCCGGUCAAAAGCUCAAGUCGUGCCUUUCUUGUUUGCAAUUGAGCACUGCGGCUGGUAAUGGUCAAAACGAUCAGCACUGUUUUAUGUACAACAUCCGUUAUACCUUGGCAUCAUGUUUGUAUGGAUUUUCCAAUGCGACAGAUACGAUAGCCACACCAUGUUCUACCUCCAAAGCUUGCGGCCCAUUGCAAUUAGCAAUAGAAGAUGGAAACUUCAUUACCAGCAAUGAAACAGAUUAUGGUUAUUGCUCAGCAAAUUACAAUUCAAUAUUGAGUAGCGGCACCACCGCAUGUAAAAGUUGUCUUCGAAGCGGCGAUACCGAGUCCUAUCUUUCUAAUUUCCUCACAGCCCUCCAAGGAGGAUGCCAUCAACAGCCUCCCGACGGAACAAUCAUCGGACUCAACGCCUCCGUCUUCUCCCAACACUCCAUAACCGAAACCUCCCCAGGCCAAAGUUACAACACCACCGUCCCCAGUACCACCCACUCCAAAGGUCUUUCCAAAGACUCCAUCAUCGGUAUCUCCGUCGGUCUCGGCAUUCUCCUCCUCAUAACCCUCUUCAUAAUCUACACCCUUUGGCGCAAAUCCAUCUCCCUAAAUCGUCGACGCGUCCGUCAUUCUUCUCUCGAUGAAAGGUAUGGUGCUCUCAAUAUUACUGCGCCAAAUGAAGGUGCAUUCGGAAAUCCACAGACACGAUUCAAAACUAUUUCUCUAGCUGCUCCUCAGCCAGCUAAAAUCCAUAAUAAUACAAAUACCACACAACCCUUCAACCUCUCAAAGUAUCCUAGCGAUGACGAGAGUUUGCACAAACGCGAUACUAUUAUCUUUCCAGCUCAUCAAGCAUAUUACCCCGCUUCGCAUCCUCGUCCACAUCUAUAUCCACAUUCAAAAGCGGAAGAUACGGUGCCGAUAAUGCUGAAUGAUGAAUCCCCCUCGCCAUAUACACAUCAUUCUUCAUCUAAUGAACAAACACCUACUUCUAAUCCUACAAGAACCUUUUCACCGCCGACGCAUAAUCUGGCGCGGAUGCCGUCGAGGUCUGAAAAUGCGAGCUUUUAUAAUCCUGUUGUGAGAGAUAGGGACAGGGACAGAGAUAUAGAUAGGAACGUGGAUAUGAGCAGAGAGAGAGAUAUAACGACGAGUUAUGCUCGGGCAGCUAUCGAUGGAACGCAGCAUAGUGGGAUUAGUGCUACUUCUUCUUCUUCCUCUCCCAACGCACGAAAUAUACAAACGCAGGCGGAUAAUGGAGAGAUAGUAAACAGGACGAAAAGUCCUCGAGUAGAUAUCGGAGAUGAAAGAGGGAUGAGGGAGAGGGAGAGGGGUCGAGAAAAGGAGAGGGGGAAGAAGAAGAAAAAGGGGAAUAAGAGAAUGACGGUUAUUAAUGAUCAAGAUCAGGAUGAAGAUCAAUGGCCGGGUGAAUUUUGA